AUGGCUUUUACUGUACGUUUGUUUCUGCUUUCUUCAUUGCUUCUGCUACCAACUUAUGUGCUUGCACAAACUAAUGGGAGCAUAGCUGUGGGUGCUUCUCUCUCCACAGCAGGAAACUCCUCAUGGCUUUCUGCCUUUAGGUUCCAGCAACUUGAAAACAAUAAUCUUUUCUUGCUGUCUAUAUGGUUCGCCAAGAUACCAGACAGAACCAUAGUUUGGUAUGCAAAUGGGGAUAAGCCUGCACCUAAUGGUUUAGUUGUGACUUUGACUGCCAGCAGUGGGCUAGUUCUUACAAGUUGUCAGGGUGAGCAGUUAUGGAAAUCCAAUCAAACCGUUGCUGGCGUUGUUGCUCAUGGGGUUAUGAAUGAUACAGGUAACUUUGUUAUGGAAGACAAAAAGUCAGCAAAGUUAUGGGAGCCAUUCAAGAAUCCUACUGAUACCAUGUUGCCUGGGCAAAUAAUGGAACGAGGAGGGAAACUUUCUUCUCGAAAUUCAGAGACUGACUAUUUGAGAAGAUGCUUCCAGCUAGAUUUUCAUGAUGAUGGGAAUCUUGUGUUUAGGGAGCAAAGACCUUUUUAUUCAACCGCGACUACCACAGGGAGUGUUCCAGGUCAUGAAGGUCUACAGUUGGUUUUCAAUGAUUCAGGUAACUUCUAUAUUCUGCGGGUGAAUGGUGGACAUUAUCCUUUCACAACAGAGGAACUUGCAGGAAGGGACUACUAUCUCCAGUCAACUCUCAUCUUUGAUGGCGUUUCGGCUUAA